AUGUCCUCUGUAGUUCAUUACUACUCUGAUGAAAACCAGCAAGUACCUACCAACAGUAGUACGGUGUACCAAAAACCGCUAGUGGAUUAUAAUAAUAGUUGUUCCACAAAUGCCACAAACGUUGACUUUGGACUUACGAGUAACGGAAAUUUUCAUCCAUUGACUGUAUUAAAUAAAAGCUUUGAAUUUCAAGUGAAUGUUACGGAUGAUUCAUCGCAACGAUCGGAAUCGAUUAGUAGCAAAAUUAAGCGCACGCGCACCGCCUUCACCAAUUUUCAAUUGAUACAACUGGAAAACGAAUUUCAAAUUAAGCAAUAUUUACAUCGUACACGACGCAUAACAAUAGCCAGAAGGCUUGGCCUAUGCGAGCGUCAAGUGAAAGUUUGGUUCCAGAAUAGACGCAUGAAAGAGAAGCGAGAUAGGAUGGGUUUAGAGAAACUUAAAAGUAAAAGCAAAUCAUCUAUGGAAUUCGUAGGCGAAGCAAAUGGACAUAAGGACAUUGUUCAACGAUUAAUGUCCUACACUAAUGUGCAAAACACAUCUACUUUCUACAAUAAUAGCGCAAGUAAUAUAGAAAUCAAUUUUCAAAAGGCAAAGGACGCUCAUCAAACGCAAUACACAUAUCCUGUUAAUUUAAAUGAGAUUUUAAACGACUUGACUCACAAAAAUGCACCUUCACAAUGUGAAACGUCUGCAUCAACAUCGAACUCAUCGUCAUCGUCUUCGGCUUUAUUAACUUAUGAAUCAGAACUUUUGGAUGACAUCUUGGACAGCAUUAAAAGGAAUGAACCCCAGGGUUGGAUAGCCACAGCAAUUGACGAUAGUCGAUUAAAUAACAAUCCCAGCCAAAUUUCGCAGGGAAAUACUAAUACUACUAACACACCGUACUUGCCAGUCUUAUUAUAUGGCACUCAUCAAGCUGAAAAUAAAGCAGGAAGCCUUUAA